AUGCAUCAGAAAAUAGCUGAAUACAUGCUCAGUGUGAGCUCGAGUGCUACACCAAAGGGCACCUCAUUGCAAUUGGAGGAGAUAAAGAAGCAUGUCAUUGCAGCUGCCACUAAGCUACUCAAGACUGGUGAUUACCUCUGGAUCCCUGACUCGUCUGAUGGAAAAUUCAAGAAUUCUGUAUCGCAGGCCCUCAAGGAUGUUUGUCUCGAAUUUUUUUAUGGUGACAGCAAGAAAGCGCUGAAGAACACGGAUGACUUCCACCAAACAAUCCCUGUUAACGUGCUCAUUCUUGUGGCAGCAGUUAUGAAGGGUGUUAUUUCUGGGUUCGGUGAAACUGGGACCGACAAAUCUCCUGAACUCCCCGCUGAUAGAUGCAGGACCAACUUCAACAAGUUGCAGGCAUCAGUUGAUAAGUUCCUCGACAUUCCGGAACUUCAUGAAGAGCUUGAAGAGAUGCUGCAGCAAUGGGCUAAGAUUGGUAUGGGCGAAUCUGAUUGGCAUGCAGAUGGGAGUGCAGCAGGCAGUGACGUGGACAUCAAUAUCAUACUUUAA